GAAAAAUAAAAAUUAUCGAAUUACUCGAUUUAUUCUAAUUUCGAAUUUGAAUAUCCAUCGACUAUCACUGACGAGUUAUUCCAGUUCCAGCGUUUAGGCAACGUCUAGGUGUUUUCUAUUUAUCGGUCAAAAUAUUAUUGGAGUCGAAUGUGAAAAUUAUAAUAUUAAUUCCAAAUUUUCGCACUAACUCUUCUAUAGUACCUAUAAUAUAAUAUAACUACUGACAAGGUUUUCUGUUCUAGUGUAUUUUAGUAUUAACUAGUCUGACAGUGCAAACUUAAAAAUGGCAACUCCAAACAACAAUAAUGCGUCUGAUGAAGAAAAAAUUGAUCCAAUGAAGGAUGUACGAGCUGGAAUAGUACGUGAAGUUGGUAGUCAAGCGAUAUGGAGUCUAUCUUCGUGCAAACCAGGUUUUGGUGUGGACCAGUUAAGAGAUGAUUGUAUGGAAACUUACUGGCAGUCAGAUGGCCAACUACCACAUUUGGUUAAUAUUCAAUUUAGACGUAAGACAGUUGUACGUGAUAUAUGCAUAUACAUUGACUAUAGAUUAGAUGAAAGUUAUACACCUGGUCGUAUAUCAGUACGUGCUGGUACUAAUUUUAAUGACUUACAAGAAGUUGAGGUAGUUGAACUGAACGAACCAUAUGGUUGGGUAAGAAUAAUGACCAAAGAUAUCAAUGAUUCACCAUUGAAAACUUAUAUGUUACAAAUCGCUGUUAUUACCAAUCAUCAAAAUGGAAGAGAUACACAUAUGAGGCAAAUUAAAGUACACUCACCAGUUGAAAAAAGGGAUCUUCUCAUUGGUAAUUUUAGCACUGUAGAAAUGAGACAAUAUACAAUUAUAAAGUAAAUUAUUUUGUUUUAUUAUUUGAUUGCUAACAUUUAUAUUAUAAUUUAUUGUAUAAUAUACUAUAAAACGAUUAAAUUACAAUGAAAAUAUUUGUAUAGUUACUAAAUGCUAAGUUUAUAUUUGACGUAAAAUGUUAACAUUUUUAUUAAGUUAUUGAAUUUAUUAUUAUUCUUAAGAGCAUACACAUUUUUUUUCAUUAUAUCUAUCAUGACAA